AUGUGGAACGGUCUUGAACUAUGGCAUGCAUCAAAGUAUACGACUCCCCAAGUGAUCGCUUACUCGGCGAGUCAAGUCGUUUCCUGGAUCGGAGCCUUAAUCCACGCUCUUGGUAGGCGUAUCUUUAAUGAUAUCCCACAUUGGCUGAAGGAGUCCGAGUACGUAUUCAGCGGCGCCGGUCUUCUAGGGAACGACAGCGUUGACAAACUUCGCUGGGAAUAUGACAAGCCGGUAGAACUUGGCGAUGGCGCUGUAGAUUCGACGGUUGCUGAUAAGACGGAGGUCGUUAAAGAGCUCACACAGUCUGUCGCAGACUAUACAGGAGAAGAUCUGAAUCCAGAAUUGGCUGUAGAACAAUACUUGCAUUUACAGGAGAAGCUGCAAGAGAUGGUAAAGGAGUGUGGUCCUGGUUCUGUAGCCAUAACUUCACUAUGGGAGAAGGCCCAUAGCAUCUCGGCCAUCUACAACGGCGCCAAGGACUUGCUAUAG